UGAGCGACGCGCAAAGUAUAACGUGUUCGUCUCAUUCACCUCUAUAGCUAAUAAUUAACUCGCCCUCUGUACAAAUAGACGGUGAUCAAUAUUUCAAAACCGUAACUAAGAGCAUUAAUUACAGGCAGCUAUAGGCGACGAAAUCGUGUCAACGCACCGAGAAAACUCGCGACUCAUCGCUCUCCGAGUAUACAAGUGCGCGCAGAGAACAAAGAAAAGCCAAAACAAAGCCAGCUCCGUCCUCUCCGCAGUGCACCGAUUCAAACACCUGAGAGCACCAAUGCGCCGUAUAUCGACUAUACGUCACACAAAUAUGUAUAUAGUUAUAGAGAGUGCUGGUCGUACACUCGAGUCUCGAGGAACUCGAAGAAGUGAAAAUGUCUGACGCAACCGUACGCAUGCGCGUAAUCGUGCGGACACAUGCACCGGGCUUGCUCCGUCCGCGCAAUACGUCGAGUAUUACAACACGUAAUCUCAAAGAAAAGCGAGACGGAUUCACGGUAUAGAGUACACUCGAGGCACACACGAGAGCAGCAGUAGUAGUAGCCAGCGGGACGUGCUGGCCGCACCAGCAGGGCAGCAGCACAGCUCAACGUGGCCAGCAGGCGCGUCGUAACAUGAGAGCAGACGACUCCUCCACGACGACGACGACGACGACCACGACGACGACGACGACCUGUAGGCGACAACCGCUGGGCUAAGCUCGGCUAUUUUCUUUCCAUAUCCAUCAGCGGUGAUAAGGUUCCCUGUCGCUUGCGACAGUGAGUCGGGAGAGACGACUCGCUAGCAAGGCUGGAGGUAGAUCGGCGGAGCCGGUGCGCCCGCCCGCCACUGCUCGCCAUGGGCUACGACAUCAAGUGGAUCAUCCCCAAGCUCCGGAGCACGACUAGCCUCUGGAACUUCGCCAGCAGCAUAACCUUCGCCGCCGUCGGGAUAUUCUCCAAAAUCAUCAUGGAGUGGCUCAACAAGACCACGGUCUACAACAAGCACAUCAUCGAGAGGGCCCUGAACUCGCGCCCCAAGGAGGUUCCUCUCAUCACCGUGUCCAAUCACCACAGUUGUUUUGAUGAUCCUGGUAUUUGGAGUACGUUGGAUUUGAAGUAUCUGCUGAGUCGCCGGAAAAUGAGAUGGUCGUUGGCAGCUCAUGACAUUUGUUUUACCAAUGUCUGGCACUCUUACUUCUUCAUGCUGGGAAAGUGCGUGCCAGUGGUCAGGGGCAACGGAGUUUAUCAGGAAGCCAUUGACUUCUGCAUAGAAAAAUUGGCCAAGGGAGACUGGGUUCACGUGUUCCCCGAAGGCAAAGUUAACAUGCUCAAAGAAAAUCUGAGGUUCAAAUGGGGUAUAGGAAGAUUGAUAUUCGAAUCGCCUGUAGUGCCACUAGUUGUACCAAUCGUUCAUCUGGGCAUGGAUCAAGUUCUUCCCAAUGAACCUCCUUACAUGCUUAAAACGAAGAAAAAAGUUACACUUUAUUAUGGAGAACCGAUAGACUUUAGUGAAAUGUUAGCUGAUUUAAGGAAAUCCAAUGCCGAUGAAGUAGAAGCCCGGAAAGCUAUCACGGAUCGCAUUCAAGAUGAACUCCUCAGAUUAAAGACGGCCACAGAAGAACUUCACGCACGACUUUGACAUAGAAGAAACGGCUGGCAACGACGUCAGCUCUAGCCAAAAAUAUUGGGCACAAAGUAUACUAUGUGAAUACCAGUACUAUUUUACUGAAUGGAGGAUGUUAAACUAAUAGAACUUUACUACUUUAGAUAUUUUACAAAAGGAAGGAGUUUUCAAUCGAAAUGACUUCUGCAUAUUUUUAUAUCAAGAGCGUCUUAUUAAUCAAAUUGCCGGGUUGUACAGGAAUAUAAUGUACAGAUUGUAGCGCACUCAGAACUGCUAUUCAGUUCCUUUAUAUAUAUAGUAACGUUAUUUGCUUUUAUCUAAAUUUCCUGUACUUAUUUUUCUAAAUCUACCGGCUAAAUCUUCCACAAAACGUUGACGCAGAGUAUGUACAUACUUUUAAACGAAGAUAUUUAUACAAUCAACGUAAAAAUGAAACGCAACAGAAGACAACAUCGAUUUUGUAAAAAUAUUAGUGAUCUGUUGAAAAAAAACAUAGGAUCGGCAUAAACUAUUUAGUCAUUGAGCCGAUGCCAUAAGUUUUCUAUCACAGUGUACAUAACAAAACUAACGAAUUUAUAUGUAUACUAUGUAUUUAUUGCGAAAUGCGACUGAACAUUAAAAUGCCUUUCCUAAUCUUAAA